GUUGUCCCGGUGAAUCAAAACAACCAGUUUUUCUUUGGACAAUCACUCAACUAGCGUCGUCAACCUUUGCAAAUUUCCCCAUUUUAGCAACCUUCAAAAACCACAGUUCUAAAUCUAAAACACAACUUUUACUUAUUGCACCAACACAAAUUUUCCUUUAAUUAUUCAAAUCCAAAUAAACUUGAAACAAAAACCCUUCAAUUUUACAUUCUUCAAUUUUGUUGAUGAUCUCUAUUCUUCUUCAUUUUCUCCAAUUAUAUGCGAUCAGAGCUACUUAAUGCUCCCUUGAUUUGAUUUUCGCAUGAACAAAUCAAUCAUCAGUUGAUCAAAUCUCUCAAAUUAGCAUCGAAUUACCUCGUCUGCUUCUUCGCGCAAAUUUGAAGUAUGUUGGGAUCUUCUCUUGAGCAGCUAGGGUUUAUCUGAGAACUUAAAAUUAGGGUUUUAUCUGCCCUUUUGAGAUGGGCAAAAAUAUGAUUUUGACUCUAAUUUUAGUGUUUCUGAUCGUUGCCAAUGUUUCCGAUGCUGCCAUUUUAGGGAAUUUCCGGAAAUUAGUCUCCACUGAAGAACAUACCAAUGCAACAGGUUCUCCGGUUCCGAGUCCUGUUUUACCUGGGAAACAAUCAAGCCCGGUUGUUGAUAAGGAGAAGGGUAAGGAAAAGCAGGAUCAGCCUACUCCACCUUCUACACAUGGGGAGGAGAGCUCUAAGGAUAAGGAGGUGAAAAAGAAUGUGAAUGUGACGUUGGUGACUCCGCCAACUGAUGGUAAAGAACAAAAUAAUACUAGCAAGGAAGAUGUGAAGGAGAAAGUGAAAGAGAAGGAGGAUCAGGAGGAAGAGAAAGAGAAGAAAAACGAGAAAGCGGAAGGGGAUGGUGAACAAAAAGAAGAAGAGAAAGAGAAAGAAAACGAGAAAGCCGAAGAGAAGGAUGAACAGAAGGAGAAAGAGAAAGAAGACGAGAAAGCAAAAAAGGAGGAUGAACAAAAAGAGAAAGAAAACGAGAAAGCCAAAAAAGAGGAUGAACAGAUUGAAAAAGAACCUGUUGGAAGUGAUGAAAGCUGUGAUGGGAUGGAGAGAAGAUGCCGGGACUUGAAGUCGAUGGUUGCCUGCAUCAAGAGUUUUGAUCAUGAUUCCAAGGCAUUGGUCCUCCUUAUCCAGAACAAAGGUGAUAGCAGCUUGAAAGUGGAUCUUCCCGCAGCAUUUUCUGGGAAUAAGCAGAAGUUGAUGAAUAUCCCGAAGCUUCAGAGUAAACAGGUUGAUUUGAAACUUGCUGAUGAUGGAAAUAAUGGAAUUAACGAGAUCACCUUGAAUGCCGGUAAUGGGCAUUGUGUGCUACAUCUAGGAACUCCUGUAUCACAAGGGAACUUUUUUCAACGGAUACCAUCUUACUCUAAGUUCAUGACUCCAAUAUACGGUGCCUACUUGAUUUUAUUGAUAACCUUUUUAGCUGGAGGGGUGUGGGCUUGCUGUUGGUUCAGUAAGAGGAAAGGACAGAGCAAUAUCCCAUACCAAGAACUUGAAAUGAGUAUGCCGGAAUCAGCUGCUGCUGUUGAAACAGCCGAAGGAUGGGAUGAGGUUUGGGAUGAUGAUUGGGAUGAAGAGAAUGCUGUUAGAUCACCUGGCGGGCAUAGAAUCUCUGCGAAUGGUCUGACAUCACGAAACUCAAAGAAAGAUGACUGGGAAGACUGGGAUGAUUAGAAGACUUGGCAGUUUUGAUUAAUGUUGGCAUGUGGAGUUUUUGCAUAGUAAAAAUAUCAUGUGGGGUAUAAACCCUUAUUUAUAGUACAAUGUGUUUACUUUUUUUUCUGAGGUGUAGUACAAUGUGUUUACAUAUAGGUGUAUUUUAGUUAUACAGUAAAAGCAGCAUGAGUUUUUUACAAUUUUGGUCCCAUGUAUAUGCAAAAAUUGAUUUAUCAAAAUUUUGAUUUAUUCUUA